AGUCUGCGCUGGCUCCUGCUCUGAGCCCCGGGGCGGCUGGUUUCGUUUAACGCGCCCUGGGUUCCACACAAAAACAAUAAUACUUCCUCUCUAGUUUCAAUUACAGUUUUCUGAACUGAGACUCACUUCAAAAAAAAUAAUUUCUUAAGAGUCUUCACCAGCUUCCAUGUGUGCCUGCUAGAGACAGAACCCACUAGCACAGACCUUCUUCAGAAGGGAGAAAUGGUUUCAGGAAGUUGCUGUCGACCAUGAUCCUUAUGUCCCAGAGGGAAGGAAACUAACAGCGCAGCUUUCAAUUUUCUGUGACCUAUGGUUUGCAGAUCCAGUGUGAUUCCAAGGAAAGGUGGAGAGGGGAAGUGCACUUGGAAGUUCAACUCCAACUCCGGCAAAUCUUCUGGCGUUUCUGUACAAAAAGAAAAACUUGUUACUGGACCUUGCUAUUCCACCUGCCCAACAGACUGGAUAGGAUUUGGAAGUAAAUGUUUUUAUUUUUCUGAAGACACAAAUAACUGGACAUCAAGCCUGACCUCCUGCAUGGCACUAGCAGCCAAUCUGGCUCUAUUUGACAAUCUGAAGGAACUGAAUUUCCUGAAGAGAUACAAUGGUAAUUCUGACCACUGGAUCGGCCUACACAGAGAGUCACCAGAGCAUCCUUGUAUGUGGACAAACAACACUGAAUAUAACAACUUGGUUCCUAUCAGAGGAGGAGGAGAAUGUGCCUACCUGAGUGACAACGGAAUCAGCAGUGGCAGAGGCUAUAUACACAGGAAAUGGAUUUGCAGCAAGCCUAAAGCUAGUCUUUAUAAGGGCCAUUGAUUUUAAAUACAGGGUAGGGAAUGUGCCAUAGCAUGCCUGAGAAAGAAAUCUCUAUUACCUGUUGUCUAAAGUUGUUGCUUCACUCCUGAUCUGCUAAAUCACCAUCAAAAUCCAAUGAUAAUAUGUCUGUUGACAGCAAAGAUGAAAACUCACUUAGAAGAUUAUACAUAAGGUUCUUGGGAAAGCAUGGUCAGUUCUAUAUGUAAUAGGUAUUUGAGCAAAUGCUGUAGGAAAUCCUACAACCAGUAGUUAUGUGCCCACUGGGUUGUGGCUUCUUAUGCUAUUUAUGCCAAUGUAGAACAUGCAUAUGGUCUCUUUUCUGGAUGUGGGAUUCAGUUUCUGUCCUUUGUUCCAGCAGAGAAUUCUGAUUUGUGAGUCUACCCCCUAAAUAAAUAAUUAUGUAUUAUCCUCAAUUCUAAGCUAGUAUGGGAUUUCUUUUAAGCGUCCUUUUCCAUCUGAUGCCCACAUGGAUUCGGACUCCACACCUACUUUGUG